GCGGAAAGAGAACGGCGGAAAUGGUUGGCGAUCUGACAGAAGCAGAGCGACAAUGGACGCUGCACUGUUUUAAGACACAAAGAGACACACUACAGUCUCAUCUCUGUAACGCGAGGGAGAUUUACUAAUGCCUUGAACAUGGGGAAGGUUUGUCGAACAGCAGCGAUAGCUUUAUACCUCUGGGGUCUCUUUAUGCAGUUCAGUCGUCUGUCAGCUCUUGGGGUCAAUGAACUGCUGUAUUUCCGGGUCAUCAGUCCAGAGGAGAUAGGCUACCUCUUCAGUGCUGCACCUGCUAAAGACUUUGGAGGCACUUUCACAUCAUUUUACGAUGAGAUUUUUCUCGUGCCAGCAGACCCUGCAGAUGGAUGCUCAGAGUUGACGGACAGAGAGAUCCUUCAAGGACAAGUGAUCCUGGUGGAAAGGGGGAUGAUGAUCAGAAGAUCUCUUCAGAGACAAGCACUGCCUUGGGCUGUCAUUUCAAUUCCUGUCAAUGUUUCUGCUUUGGCCUCGUUUCCAUUCAAGCAGCCUCCUUGGACUCUUUGGUAGAAAUGACUCACUCACAAAUUCAUCCAAUAAACAGUUUCUGUCAUUGGUGCACAACAUGUAAAUUGCAACUAAAUCUGAAGCCUCACAAGGACAUUUCUGAUUAUGGUUGGCACGUGCACCUGCGCUAAGUCACUAAAUCUAACAUAUAGAAUGAUUGCACUCAGAGCCUGUAGAGUAUGGGAGAAACUUGUUUAGCCACUGAACCUGGAACAAAUCAUCAAAUAAUAAACGAAACCUGCAUGCUCAUUCUUAGUGCUUAGCUAAACUUGUGUGUCCAGGAAAACAGUCUCCAGGAACUUGUGUUCAGAUGCUUUGUAUGUCGUUUUGGUUACGAAACUGUGAAAAAAUGUUGAGAAACAGAAACGACCUUCCUUCUGUUUUAUCAAAUAGUCGAAACUGCAGGGGGGAAAAACCAGGCCAUUACAUUCCUGUUUAUGUGCAUCAGCUUGUAACAGUGUGGUUCUCUUGUGUGAAUGGAAAAAAAAAAUUUCUCAUUAUGGAUAAGUAGAAACUUCAAUUUAAAAAAGAAAAAUUGACUUGUUUGAUAUUUUAGUGCCUUUUGUCUGUGCAUUUUAGUUAGUUCACUGACACAUUUGUUUGUAGUUUUGGUAAACAGGACUGAUGAAAAUUAAAAGCAUGAGAUGCCACGAAUAGCCUUGCUGAAAAUAAUAAUAGACAUUGUGAUGAUAUUGCAAAGACAUGUUAAUCUGCACAAAGUUAACUGGAAGGCAGCUAUUGUAAAGCUCUAAAGAGAGCUUUGACUGCUCUGGAAACACCAUGUCAGAGUUCACCCUCGUGAAAAUAAUUGCCACUACAUUAUCCUGUAUUUUAUUUUUAAGAAUGUCCUGAUUUGAAUAGUCUUUGUAAAUAAAGUUGUAUGUUUAAGGUUG